AAAUUAUAAAUAGCUUUGUAUUGUGUAUCUGAAAGUGCAGUCAGCGUCGGCAGCGCUGCAGGUUGAAUACAGCUUUUACUUACCAGUCAAACUUCAUGCGACAAAGGAGGAUCUUGUGCUGAAUGAAGCAAAGAUGGCAGUCAAACCAUCAGGAAUUAAAACUUCCAAACAUGAUGAUGCCAGCUACCUGUGCUUGUGUUCAGAUGGGAAAAAUAUUUCAGUGAAUCCUAGUCAGCUAUCUCGCUUUUCAGGAUAUUUCUCCUCUCUCUUGCACAGUGAGAUGAAAGAGACCAAAACAAAAACAGUACGUCUCAAGCUGAUCUCCUCAGACAUUCUGCAGCUUAUUAUCAACCAGCUGGCCCGCUGCCAGAAACGUAGGGAGGAAGGCAUCGAGUUCCUUGAGAAGAACCAGCCCAGCAUGAGAACACUGACUGAGAUCUUGGAUGCUGCCGACUACUUGGACAUACCUAUUCUGCGAGAAGUGUGUGAUGAGUUUAUUUGUCGAACGACCCCUGUGUCCAAACUGACAUUUGAGGACCUGCUUGUCCUGAACCACAAAUACUCAUUGACAAGGUUGGGCCAGGCGUUGGUUAACUACAUGUCCAGUCAUGUUCGAGAGAUAUGCAGUAUGGAAGGAUGGCUUGCCCAGCUCCCCUCUGCUUUGCUGGAAGAUCUCUUAGCCAGCAAUGACACAAAGGUGAUGUCUGAAUGGGAGCUAGUUGUACUGGUUGAGCAGUGGCUGCGGUGUGGAACUGCUGCAAGAAGCAGCGAUCGUGAUAAGCAUCUGGAACCUAUUUUGCGACACAUCCGUGUGCCGGAGAUUGUCCGAGACCAUGAAGAGAGCACUGUGCCUGAGGGUCUGCGCCCUGGCAUCCUCACCUACAUCAUGAAUGAAAUCAAAGUCUAUAAAGCAGAUCCUAAAUCCUACCGAGCUUUACAUCCAGAGCAAAGCAACAUUCGGCGGCCAUUAGAUGUGGUAGUGUCCCUUGGCACACAUGAUAGCAUUCCAUCAAUGUUCUUCUGUCUGCCUGUUUCAUAUGCAUCUCUCACAGAUAAAGACUCAGCCAGUGUGGAGACUUUUCGACACAAGUUACAGUUCUCAGAACUCAGACAUUCCUCUUUUCAGCUGCCGGUAUUGUGCCUGCGAGAGUUUUCUGCCUGCAGCCUCAAUAACAUCCUCUACAUUGCUGGUGGACAGAAUUCAUUUUCAGACAGCGGGCAGGAUGCCUUAACAUAUGUGUUUGAGCUUGAUCUGGCUGAUCUUCGCUGGACAGAGGUGUGUCAGAUGAAAGAUCCCAGGUGUCUUUUUUAUUUGGGGGCUUUGAAUGGUCACCUAUAUGCAGUAGGGGGAAUCAACAGUACUGGGGAGCUGUCCACUGUGGAACGUUAUGAGCCUUUCCAGGAUGAGUGGGUGUACCAGGCACCUCUCCCAUAUCACAUUCAUGAGCAUGCAGGCUGUGUGAGGGAAGGCUGUUUGUAUAUUUCUGGAGGCCAUACCGGCAUGGGUCACACAAAUGCUGUCUCCUGUUUGAACCCCACUCUUGGUGAGUGGGUCGAGUGUGCUCCACUUCAGUGUGCCCGGUCCUACCACACGAUGACAGCCUUCAAGGACCAGCUCUUUGUGAUUGGAGGUUGCAGCAUUUCCAGUGGAGAAAUUAUAAACGUGCAGACUUGUGAAAGCUAUAGCAUAACCCAGAACCAGUGGACAACCCUAGAGACCAAAUUUCCAUCUAUCUAUUCUGCAGCUCUCACUUCCUUUUCAUCUGAUGAUGAGACAGUUCUAUGUUUUGGUGGCUACAGUUUCUUGAAGCGACAUUUUGACACGUUUGCCUGCAUUUUCUAUGUGGAGAAAGGAGAAUGGCAGGUUGUACCAAUUCGCUUCGCAGAUGCACGAAUGAAAGAAGUAGUGAUGACACAGGUGAAGAUCCGUGAAAAAACGUGCAUGCAGUACUUUAUGUCCACUGCAACAGUAUGAAGGUGGCUACCAUUCUUGUCACCUCCAACUGUCUUUAGUGCUGAAUGGUUGUAGGUCAGCCACUUUUUAUCAAGGACAUUUUGGUCAUCCUUCUUGUCAGCUGGAAAGCAUUAUCAUCGCAAUCUCAAAAUUCGAGUACCUUUAUCAUUAAUGUGGUUGUAAUGUUAUCACUGAUUAGAAUUACCAUGUUUGUCAUUUACAAUAUAUAUCAUUUUGUCAGUUUAUCCAGAAGUUUUUCCUGAUGUUGUUAAAGAACACUUUUACUUUCAAAAAAAAAAAAUUUAUGCCCAUCCUGAUAUUUGUACUGUUACCUCUUUGCUGCAGAAUUCAUAAAACAAUUUUGUGAUAAUGAAGGGUAGAAAAUUUCUCAUUUUUACUAGUCCAUAUCAAUUUUGUGGUAAAAAAUGUACACAAACCUACCAUCUUAAUCCCGCAGUCAGCAGACUAUUGACAUGUGUAUUACUCCAACUGCCUCUCUUGUCAUGUUCUGUACAUAGCAAUAACUGUCACACUCAUAUGCCUGUGUGUGCAUGCAUGCACACACACAUACGUACAUCUGUUCAGCUCUCAAGAAUUUACAUUUUUGUCAGUUAUUAUAUACAUUGUAAAAUGUUUCAUUUUUUCCUUUAAAUAUUACAAUCCCUGACAAAUGUUGAUGUGGUUGAAAAGCAGAUUGUUUCUUUAAAUAGGCUACUGAGUUUAUCACUUAUUCAGGUUGUCUGGAAAUAUGAAACAAAAAAUUAUUUUCUUGUAAACAUAUAUUGACUCAAUCAGAACUCUGUAUACUGCUCAUUGUGAUAUUGCCUUUGAUGCUUAAGUUGCAACAACCAACCUGAAGUGGGAAAAAAGUUUACCAUUACACAGUAUUAAUGAAUUAAAUGGAAGAAAUUGUUAUUAGACUGAACUUUUAAAGACUAAAAACCGACGGUUAUUUCACAUUUAUGCUGACACUUAAGCCUCCCUCGAUUAAACCAAGUAGAAAUUCUCAGUUUUAUACCAUCACUGUCCUUUAUCAAAUUAUGUAGACAAGACAGACGUAAAGACACCAUCCAAGUACCAUUUAAAUUUGGAAGUUUUACUGGGGGUCAUUUUCAAGUCAUUACGGCAGAGCAAUGUCAACUGCUGUCCUCAACUGUUUUCUGCAGACUUUUUUUUUUUUUUUUUAAGUUUGCUUACUUUAGAUUUGUUUUGAUUUUGUGGAGUAAAACUAUCUGUGACAAGUAAAUGAGUAUGUGAAUAUUUAGGUGUACAAAUUACAGAAAGGAGUUGUUUUGUUAAGGAGGGAUAUCAAAGUACCUAGAGGAUGUCAAAUACAUUUCAAAGUGUUAUAGAUGUCUAUUUUGUAACAAGAAAUUUUUGGUCUGUAUACGACAAAUAGAAUAUUUUAUCCAUGGAUAUCAGAAGUACUAAACCAUUUACCUUGUACAUAUCACAGUUUUAUUUAUAUGUGUGUGAGAGAUACACAUCAUUACCCAUUUCCUUGUACUCAUAUUUUUAUUGCUGUUGCUUAUACUAUACCUCCAUCUUCAUUACUUGGACCAAGCUUUAAAAAUCGUCUGCCAUUACAACAUUGUAAUACUUGUCCUUGUCAGUUCCUCUUUUCAUUCACUCCUCAGAACCUUUUCUAUGAUAACUAUAAUACAAUGUCUAUAUUAAAUAUUUAGAAGACUUUUUAAAAGUAGAUGUAAAGAAUAAAUUCUGCAUUUUAUAAACUCAAAUCAAGUGCAAAUGAGUGGAUUUUGUUUAAAAUAGAUUAAUAAUACCACCCGAAAUCUCAAAACCUCUGGGUCAUUCACAAGGAAUAGACAUCACAGUCGAGUUCUCACAUAGGUUUUCUCUAGGCACUACAAAAGUAGGCUCGUUGGCUGGAUGCUGUAAGCUCUUGCAUUGGCAGCAGGCAUCACGAGUUAGACAAUGCGUUUUUAUUACACAGUAGAGAUGGCUUUAGCUUCUUGUCGCAUACCUGCAACUUCAGUUAACCUUGAACAUUUCCUCUACUCUUUCAAUAGUUUUUUUUUUUUCACUAGUUGGAGUUAACCUCUCGUCUUUCCAUUGUUCUUUUAAAUGUUUGCGGUCAGGGUGGACAUUUUGCUAGAUGCAGUCAUUUCAUGAUGCUGCUGUUAUUUUGUUGUUGAUGUAAUAGAUGAUGUGAGCUGUGCUUAAAAUAUAGAAGGAAUAUCAGUAACUGAUGUAACCAGAAGCAUUUUCAACUGUAACGUAAAAUUUUUAUCAGAGGAUGGAGGUUAUUUUGUUGAAUGUUUGGAUUCUUAUAAAGGUAAGUGCUAGUCACAGACUGUAUUUGUAAUGUGUCAUUACUUGCUUCUUCCCUAUGCUCCUCGAGGAGUAUCAAAACUAAACUAACUCAUUACUUGCUAGCAAAGACCUUAGGUUUAUUUUUAUCGAUUUCCUGCCACGUAACAUUUCAAUAGGCAUUAUCAUGAAUCUAUCUUUUGCUGUUGUUUCAUUUGAUUUAUAGUGUAUAGAAUGUGGCAACUUUUUGAGUGGGUCAUUCAUGGAGUUUGCAUUUUACGAGGCACACACAAAAUGUUUGCUCAUGAAGUUUUUCCCCUUAGCAAUCACCAGACAGUUAAAGCACUGGUUAGAUGGCGGUCAUGUUUCAAUACUAACUACAGCAUUAAAAUAGGAGCUCUUAUUACAGCAUCUCUCUUCUCUCACACUAGUACUUUCUUUCCCAAUACCUACAUAGUAAAUGCAUAUAGAUUGAACAAUGCAAUAUGAUCAACCACUUGUGAUUUAUUUUUGACUAAAACCAGAUGAUGGCUUUUAUCAGCCUUCCACACAAUCCCCAUGUGCUCCAGUUAAAUGUUUGUUUUUGCUCUAUGGUUGUGGUUUUCUGGCAUAGUGUUGUUGAUUGGUCAUUUCAUACCAUCAGCUAUGAGGGCACCAUUAGAGGGAGCUAGUAAACAGGGCACGUCCAUGAAGAAAUUUGUGCAAUCCAGAAAUGAGAGCAGAGCCCAUGUCUUGGUGUCAAGCACUAUGCUGCCGCCCCAUCAUGGCCUGAUUGUGUAAAUGAAGACAGCAAUCUUCAAAGAACAGAACUUUUGUCUGACUUCAUGUGCACAUUAAAUCAACGAUUUUAGUAAAAACCAAUUGCUUUGUAUUGUUGAAGAAAUAUUUGUAAUUUGAAUGUUAUACAGUUGGAUUCUGUACAAGGUGGACAUGAUUGUACAGUUUUUUUUACACAUAUCCCACCUCUCAUGAUGCGCUAUAACCUACAAAUGUAUUAUUCAGUUUUCGGGAACAGCUUGUUUUAGGUCACUACAUAAACAGUUUAUAACAAGUA